AUGUUUGGGUUUGCGUUCCUCUCAGUUCUGAUUGGUUUUAGUGUGCUUCCUUUCGUUUAUGUCAUCACUAAAUUAAUACCUUUAUUAGAAGCAUUUGGGGAUUGUUUCAGAAGCAAAGAAGAAGUUAGCAGUCAGAACAACUUGGAUGAAAAUGCUUUUCUACGGGGUUACGGUUACGAACUUGACCGGGUUAUAGGCCAAGGGUCAUACGCAGACGUUAGGAAAGCUUACUCCAUAAAAAGUGAAAGGGAAGUUGCAAUCAAGAUUGUCCGCAAGGAAGAGGUAAAAAUAGCUGCCGUACUUAAAAUUAGAGUGAACAGCGUUUCAAUAACCUUAGUGCUAAUCCAUCCGAACAGAUGCAUGAAAGAUAGUUUAACUCGGCUGAAAAACUUUUCAAAAACAUUUUAACAUUGUGUAGGUGUGAAAACCAUGUUCAAAAUUUGUCCAAAAAGUUUAAAUAACCAAUGAAUUGCUUAAUAUAUAUGAAUCAAGUGAAAGAUAUUGCGCCACUUUCUGCUGUAAGACCUUUUUUGGUCCAGUGAUAGAUGAUACAGUUUGAAAUUGAUAGAUUAAUCUUAAUGACUAUCUUUAAAAAAACUAUGAAAAACAUGGACAAUAAGCUAUCUGAUUAAUAAGAGCCAAAAAGGUACAAAUUGAAUCAAUUUUCUUUGAUGGGGAAGUUACGACCGGCAGCGUUAAAGUGGCACUUCAUUCAAUAUUCAUGAUUUUGCAGGUAGCUUCUUCCAGUAUUUAAAAGAUAAUGGAAAGAAACUGUUGAUGUGUUGAGUAAAAUUUGGAUAGGGUCGAUGGAGGUUUAGAUGAGGUCGUGGGAAAAUCAUUAAAUCAUCAUUAACUGAGGUCCAGGAAAAAGCUACGAAGAUCAAAUCCCUUUUUAGGUGAAUAUUUCUGUUUAUCAUAAAAUCUGUGAUAUAAGGGAAAGGCCGAUCGAUACGGCUUUCCCCUAACCUCAAAGAACUGCUACUCUAGUCUUUAUAAAUUUUUUCACUUUUCCCCGAUUUUUUAAAGGACGAUGAUGGGAAAAAGAGCAGAUUCUUGAAGAGAGAAAUAGAGAUUCUUAAAUGGCUGAACCACAAGAACGUGAUCCGAGUAUUUGACGUGAUUGACGGAGAGAAUAAAUUCUUUAUUGUGAUGGAAAUGGCUCCUAAGGGUGAUCUCCUGUCUCUCUUACUUAAACGCUACAAACUAACAGAGAACGAGGCAAAAGCUAUGUUUAAAUCAAUAGUGGAUGGUGUUCUAUACUGCCAUAAAAAGGGUGAGUGUAAAGACGGGCAAAAAGUUGACUAUUCGUGUUUUCCCGUGUACAGUAGAUCCUUGUUAACUCGAGCUUCCUGUUGACUCAUUUUGAGCAAAUUUUGUUGUCAUUUCGACUUGAACUCCUUUUACUCCUGUAUUGCCGUGUUAGACAUUUCUAAGGAGUUUUAUGUUGCGUAUGCGCAAUUUUUCUAAGUUUUGCGUGGAACAUUUUUUGCGUUUCGGCCGGGAUGAAUUAAAAUUUAUUUCGGGAACUUAAAUCUGCGAUUUUCUGUUAUAGUAGUAGAACAUAAAGCAGGAAUUUUCGAGUUUUUCCUCUCCGGUAUAAUUUCUUUGUAGAUCAAGAACUAUCCACAAAAUUCAUGGCAAAAAUUGAAACCUGGAAAAAUUUUCUUGCUCACACGGCAAACCUCAUUCGGAGUGAGGUAAUACCUUUUAUGCUUUCAGGAGUUACCCACAGAGACCUCAAGCUUGAAAACAUUCUUCUUUCUGAGGAAAACGAACCAAUUGUUACCGAUUUUGGCUUCGCUCGUUACAUCGGAGCAGCUUCGGAUCAAAGAACUCGAAGUAGAACGUUCUGUGGCUCAUAUGCAUACGUUGCUCCAGAGAUUCUGCAAGGUAAUUCUAUGGAUAAAUAUCAGUCUUCUAUAAAUCCUUCAUAAAGAGCCAAGAAAGCUGGUCACCUCGCUGCCCAUUUAUGGAGUGUCGAAAGUAAUGCGGGAUGGCAUUGGUUUUGCUUUACUAGCUCUGUGAUUGGUCCAGAAAACUCGUGCCACUCUUUCAACCAAUCUGAUGCAAAACUAAACCCAAUCAUGACUUGGCCGCCUGCGUUUCCUGCUCUUUCGGCAGUUUUAAUGGUUGCGAACGAUGAUUUGUUUUGCUAUACCUCCUUACACCAAUUUUUAAUUAGUUUUUCUUGCUCAAAUAAAGUGCUUUUGGCACUGGCUCCAUGAUUAGUAUUCUCAAUUGUGGCUUGAUGAUCAUGUGUAAAAAAAGGAACAGUUAAUUUUCCUUUAGAGAUGUCGUUGAUAACUUUCAUGCAGUUUUCUUUUCAGUGAGUAGUGUUGUCUUUUGUCAGGUAUUCCUUACGAUGGCAUGGCCAGUGACGUGUGGAGUCUUGGGGUUGUUUUGUACACCUUGUUAUGUGGAAGUUUUCCGUUUGAUGACUCAAAUCCAAAGACUCUUUUACAGGAAACAACUUCUGGUGAACUGGAAUAUCCCACUCACGCUUCCGAUCUUUCUGAUCAGGUAACU